CACUAAAAAAACACUCGCUCGCCCAACUCCACCUGCUUCCUUCGCUUCCCCUUCAUCCCCACUCCACCAAACCCUCGGCGUCGGGGGGGAGCAGAGCAGAGCACAGCGGAGCAGGAGGUGGCGAGCGGAAGCAAUGGCCAAUGAGUGGCGGUGGUGGUGGUAGCGCCCUCCUCGCCUUUUCUCCCCGCCCUCUCGCCCUCUGGUUGGUGCAGCGGGUGGGAGUGGGGGGAACUUGCGCUGCCCCCGUCGCUUCACGGGCACGCCUCCCUCGCUCGGAUCUGGGCCGCGCGCGCGAGAUCCUGAGCUUCGGGUUCGAGACUUCCCUUGCUCCCGUUGGGGAUUUUUUUCAGGUGACGGCGAUGGAGCCCGCGGCGGCUGCUGCGGGAGAAGGGCAGCGGUUCAAGCGGAUUCCGCGGCAGGCGUGGUCGGGGAACCUGGAGCUGGAUCCACUGCUCAAUGAAAACUUAGAUCAGUGGCCACAUCUAAAUGAGCUGGUACAGUGCUACAAGGCUGAUUUUGUGAAGGAUGAUGGCAAAUAUGGACGAUACGAGAGUGUUGCACCACCUUCUUUCCAGAAUCAAAUUUUCGAGGGACCUGAUACUGACAUAGAAACAGAGUUGCAGCUUUGCAACGUUAGGCAUUCCAAGCCUGAGGAUGCUACUGAAGACGAUACACCAAGCACCUCAGGGAGGCAAAUAUAUGAAACCGAACCAUCUGCUUCAUCUUCAAAAGUGCACUGUAGUCUGUCACCGCUGCCAGCAUAUGAGCCUGCGUAUGAUUGGGAGAAUGAGAGGUCUUUGAUAUUUGGCCAAAGGGUGCCAGAAAGUCUCCCUGCAAUUAACAACAGUGGCUUGAAGAUAACUGUCAAGGUACUAUCUUUGUCAUUCCAAGCUGGAUUAAUUGAGCCUUUCAGUGGAACGAUUUGCUUGUACAAUAGAGAUAGAAGAGAAAAACUGUCGGAAGACUUCUACUUUCACAUACUUCCAACAGAUAUGCAGGAUGCUCAAAUUUCCUUGGAUCGUCGAGGCGUUUUCUCAUUGGAUGCCCCUUCACCAUCAGUCUGCCUCUUGAUUCAAUUAGAAAAAGCUGCUACUGAAGAAGGGGGAGUAACACCUUCUGUUUAUUCUCGUAAAGAGCCUGUGCACUUAACUGAGAAAGAGAAGCAAAAACUGCAAGUCUGGUCUCGAAUCAUGUCUUAUAAAGAGUCAUUUGCAUGGGCUAUGAUUCCUCUGUUUGAAGGCAACCAUGCUGGUGGUCUUGGUGAUGCUGCUUCUCCUAGCAGUCCUUUAGCACCGAGUAUAUCAGGAUCCAGUUCUCAAGAUAGUAUUGUGGACCCUAUUUCAAAGCUUACUUUAGAUGGAAAACUCAACCAUUACUCAAGUGGAAGCUCAGUUAUUGUAGAGAUAUCAAACUUAAACAAAGUGAAGGAAAGCUAUAUAGAGGACUCCCUCCAGGAUCCAAAACGCAAAGUACAUAAACCGGUGAAAGGUGUACUGAGAUUAGAAGUGGAAAAACUUCAUGAUGGCCACCAUGAUGCGGAUAAUGUUUCUGAAGGUGGAAGCAUGGCCAAUGAUUUGAAUGAUGCUGGUGACCUCAGUAAUGGCAGAUGCAACAGGAGUAGCUUUGAUGGGAUCCGCAGUUCUGUGAAUUCUAGUGGCGCUGCCCAGAAAGAUGCUCAUCACAACGGUAAAAUUUCUAGUUGUGAGAACAGUGACAGUUUUCAAGCUUUUGACUUCCGGAUGAUGACCCGAAGCGAACCAUUUUCACAACUUUUUCAUUGUCUCUAUGUGUACCCGUUGACUGUUAGCUUGAGCCGCAAAAGAAACCUAUUUGUAAGAGUGGAACUGAGAAAGGAUGAUUCUGACAUCCGUAAGCCUCCAUUGGAGGCUGUUCAUCCUAGGGAGCGGAACACAAUGCUACAGAAGUGGGGCCAUACGCAGAUUGCUGUUGGAACAAGAAUGGCUUCGUACCAUGAUGAACUUAAAAUCAGUCUGCCUGCUCUUUUGACACCCCAACAUCAUCUUGUGUUCACAUUUUUCCAUGUAGAUCUCCAAAUGAAACUUGAAGCACCGAAACCAGUGAUUGUUGGAUAUUCUGUACUUCCACUUUCGACACAUAUUCAGUUACUUUCGGAUGUAUCCUUGCCAAUUUUGAGAGAGCUUGUCCCACAUUACCUGCAAGAAAGUGGAAAGGAGAGAAUGGACUACCUGGAGGACGGAAAAACUGUUUUCAGGCUGCGUUUAAGGCUCUGCUCGUCACUGUUUCCAGUUAAUGAAAGGAUAAGGGACUUUUUUGUCGAGUAUGACCGCCAUACCCUACAUACAAGUCCCCCUUGGGGUUCUGAGCUUCUUGAGGCCAUAAAUAGUUUGAAGAACGUCGAAUCUACUGCAUUGUUACAAUUUCUGCAACCGAUACUCAAUAUGCUGCUGCAUCUUAUUGGUGAUGGCGGUGAGACCCUUCAGGUUGCUGCAUUUCGAGCCAUGGUUAACAUUUUAACCCGGGUACAGCAGGAGUCAUCAGAUGGGGCUGAGAGAAAUAGAUUUCUUAUUAACUAUGUUGAUUAUGCUUUCGAUGACUUUGGUGAUCGGCAAGCACCUGUGUAUCCUGGUCUGUCUACUGUGUGGGGAAGUCUUGCUCGGAGUAAGGCUAAAGGUUAUAGAGUUGGUCCUGUAUAUGAUGAUGUAUUGGCAAUGGCUUGGUUUUUUCUGGAGCUUAUUGUAAAAUCAAUGGGAUUGGAACAAAGUCGUCUCUUCUACCACAACCUUCCACUAGGUGAAGAUGUCCCACCACUACAAUUGAAAGAAGGUGUCUUCAGGUGCAUCAUGCAACUCUUUGAUUGCCUUCUAACUGAGGUUCAUGAGCGCUGUAAAAAGGGUUUAAGCUUGGCAAAGCGCUUGAACAGCACGCUUGCUUUCUUUUGCUAUGAUCUUUUAUCAAUUAUUGAACCUCGCCAAGUUUUUGAGCUGGUUUCAUUGUAUAUGGACAAGUUUGCCGGAGUUUGUCAAUCAGUUCUCCAUGACUGCAAAUUGACAUUCCUGCAGAUAAUAUGCGACCAUGAUCUAUUUGUUGAGAUGCCUGGGCGGGAUCCCUCCGAUAGAAACUAUCUCUCGUCAGUUCUUAUUCAAGAGAUAUUUCUCACCUUGGACCACGAUGAUUUGUCUCAACGAGCGAAGGCUGCUCGAAUUUUAGUUGUCCUUAUAUGCAAGCAUGAAUUUGAUGCACGUUAUCAAAAAAGCGAAGACAAGCUGUACAUUGCUCAGUUGUAUUUUCCUCUUAUAGGGCAGAUCCUUGAUGAGAUGCCUGUUUUCUAUAAUCUGAAUGCUGUUGAAAAGCGUGAGGUGCUAGUUGUCAUUUUGCAAAUUGUGAGGAACUUGGAUGAUGCAACUCUUAUCAAAGCAUGGCAACAAAGCAUUGCUAGAACCAGAUUGUUCUUCAAACUUCUUGAAGAAUGUAUAACCCAUUUUGAGCACAACAAAACUGGAGACAGCAUGCUACUUGGUGCUAGUUCUCGGAGCCCUGAUGUUGAACGUCCAGCAUCCCCAAAGUACUCAGAACGAUUAUCCCCAUCAGUUAAUGCAUAUUUGUCAGAGGCUUCAAGGCAUGAAAUAAGGCCUCAAGGAACACCAGAAAACGGAUACAUGUGGAACAGGGUUAGCCCUCAGCUAAGUUCCCCUAAUCAACCCUAUUCAUUGAGGGAAGCACUCGCUCAAGCGCAAUCUUCAAGAAUUGGGUCAACCGCCAGGGCAUUGAGAGAGUCUCUACAUCCAGUACUAAGACAAAAAUUGGUAUGUUUUAUGUAUACAAUAAUCUGUGUUGUUGUGGGUUGUGUCUUUCUCUCUAACAUGAAAAAAUUCCUACAGGAACUUUGGGAAGAAAAUCUCAGUACUGCUGUGAGCCUGGAAGUGUUAGGAAUAACCGAGAAGUUUUCAGUCGCUGCAGGCACUCGAAGCAUUACUACUGAUUAUGCUAAGUUAGAUUGUGUAACAUCAAUCUUGAUGGGUCUUUUGUCUAGGAGCCAGCCCUUGGCCUUUUGGAAAGCUUUCCUUCCUGUGGUUUAUAAUAUAUUUAAUCUCCAUGGCGCAACACUUAUGGCAAGGGAGAAUGAUCGCUUCUUGAAGCAAAUUGCUUUUCAUCUUUUGCGGCUUGCUGUUUUCCGAAAUGAUUCGAUUAGAAAAAGGGCUGUUGUUGGGUUGCAGAUUCUUGUUAGGAACUCGUUCAACUAUUUCAAGAACACUACGAGGCUGAGGGUCAUGUUGACGAUUACUUUGUCAGAAUUGAUGUCCGAUGUGCAAGUGACUCAGAUGAAAUCUGAUGGUUCUCUUGAAGAAAGUGGCGAAGCACGUCGCCUUAGGAAAUCUCUGGAGGAAAUGGCUGAUGUUAGAAGCAAGGAUCUAUUAAAAGAUUGCGGCCUCCCUGUUACUGCAUUGGAGGCUGCUCCUGAAGGUUCCAAUGAUAAUAGGUGGUCUUGGGUAGAGGUGAAGCAUCUGUCUAAAUGUCUUGUCCAGGCCCUUGAUGCUGGUCUGGAACACGCCCUCUUGGGUUCUGUAGUGAAUGUGGACAGGUAUGCGGCUGCCGAGGGUUUCUAUAAGCUAGCUAUGGCUUAUGCGCCUGUUCCAGAUCUUCACAUUAUGUGGUUGCUACACCUGUGUGAUGCACACCAGGAGAUGCAAUCAUGGGCUGAAGCAGCACAAUGUGCAGUUGCUGUAGCUGGUGUGAUCAUGCAGGUUGUGAUCUUUGCUCCAGCACUUCAUUUUAUUUCAGUAAUCUUGAAAUGCCAUGUAUGGUGUUUUGUAACUUAUGAAACUUUCUUACAGGCACUUGUUGGAAGGAAUGAUGCUGUGUGGAGCAAGGAGCAUGUUGCUUCACUGCGUAAGAUUUGCCCUAUCGUGAGCACUGAUGUGAGCGCAGAAGUGUCUGCAGCUGAAGUUGAGGGAUAUGGUGCAUCCAAACUAACAGUGGAUUCAGCUGUCAAGUAUCUUCAACUUGCCAACAAACUCUUUGCACAAGCUGAGCUCUACCAUUUUUGUGCAAGCAUCCAGGAACUCAUCAUUCCUGUGUAUAAGAGUAGAAGGUCUUACGGACAGCUAGCCAAAUGCCAUACAUCACUCACAAACAUCUAUGAGUCAAUUCUUGAGCAGGAGGCCAGUCCUAUACCAUUUAUUGAUGCCACGUACUACCGAGUUGGUUUUUACGGUGAGCGUUUUGGUAAGCUCAAUAAAAAGGAGUAUGUGUUUAGGGAGCCACGGGAUGUACGUCUUGGUGACAUUAUGGAGAAACUUAGUCAUACAUAUGAGGCUAAAAUGGACGGCAAUCACACCUUACACAUCAUUCCAGACUCAAGACAAGUCAAUGCUGAUGAGUUGCAACCUGGUGUCUGCUAUUUACAGAUCACUGCUGUUGAUCCUGUGAUGGAGGAUGAGGACUUGGGUAGCAGGAGGGAAAGGAUUUUUUCUUUAUCUACUGGUACUGUACGUGCACGUGUGUUUGACCGUUUUCUUUUUGACACACCAUUCACAAAGAAUGGAAAAACACAAGGUGGCUUAGAAGACCAGUGGAAGAGACGCACAGUGCUUCAGACAGAGGGUUCAUUUCCUGCUUUAGUGAACCGCCUGCUAGUUACCAAAUCUGAAUCUCUGGAGUUCUCGCCUGUUGAGAAUGCGAUUGGAAUGAUUGAAACAAGGACAGCCGCAUUGAGAAAUGAACUAGAAGAACCACGGAGCUCUGAAGGUGAUCAACUACCAAGGCUUCAAAGCUUGCAAAGGAUACUCCAAGGAAGUGUGGCUGUUCAGGUCAACAGUGGAGUAUUAAGUGUGUGCACAGCAUUCUUAUCUGGUGAGCCUGCGACUAGGCUCCGAUCACAAGAACUGCAGCAGCUCAUCGCUGCAUUGCUUGAAUUCAUGGCUGUCUGCAAGCGCGCAAUCCGUGUGCAUUUCAGAUUGAUAGGCGAAGAAGACCAGGAAUUCCACACCCAACUCGUCAAUGGGUUCCAGUCACUCACCGCUGAGCUGUCUCACUAUAUCCCUGCUAUACUCUCGGAGCUAUGAUAGUACUGUAGCAAGCUGGAAGUUAGGUAGCACGUGAAUGGUUGUUCAUUCUUUCAGUCGUCGGUCCCCACCAAAUGUCCAUAUUUCCGUUAGCUUUGGUUGUAUAGUUAACUAGCCUUUUGCUCUGCACCGUUUUGACGUACGGAGUCCCGAUUUUGGAGUGUAAAGUAUGUGUAAUCCUUAGUGUUACGUGUAUGUCACCGUGGUGUUUGUUGCAGUUUGCUCACUGUACUAGCAACGAGGACAAUUACGCUAGUCUUCUGGAGUGAAAUAUGGUGCCUGGUGUUUUUUUUUUAUCUUUUGUUUUCUUGUGGAAAUUAGCGUGCUUCCCAACAAUUUAUCUGUGCGCAAUGUGUUAUUUGAGUUGCCUGUUUGUAUAA